AUGGCAACUUGUGCAACUGUGCACACGCCAACGUGGCCCAUGCGCGCGUCCAUUCAUGCAGGCGAUGACAAUCUUCCUAACUUGGCUCUGCGUCAGGCAGUGUACGCAUCAUCAGUGUACCUGUGGGGUGACACUUACCUCUACCCAGGUUACGCGGUGGAUGGAGUCACCGAGUAUCCAAGUCCCCUCGAUGCAUCCACCUUAAGCUUAUUUCACUCGGAAGCCUCGGACUCGGCGCCUUGGAUUUCUGUUGACCUGGGUGCCGUGGCACUUGUGAAGCGGGUUGUCAUCGUCAACCGGUGUGAUUGCUGUCCGGAACGACUGCAGAGUGCAGAGCUGCGCAUUGGGAACGUCAGCAUUACUCGGGGGAUUUAUGCAGCAGGAGGGGGUGAUACACGCAACAUUACAGGGAACCUCCUGGUCUGGCGACAAGAUGCCGAUGUAGGCAUGUGCGCUUCAAAGAUCAUCGCGUUUGACACGCCCAAGGUUGGACGAUGGGUCACGUUACAAAACAAGUACCCUCUUCUACAAGUCUCGGAGAUCCAAGUCUUUGGAUAUUACGCCGCCUCCGCAGUGUGCGCCAAUGUGCUGCCUGGUACGGGUUACGACUGCCGUUACUGGGUAUUCAGGCAGAGCGACUAUACCUGCACCCUCAAACGUGACGAGGGAGCAGGACCCGGCUUCUUCAUGGAUCCAAAAACUGUGGCGGGCGGAGUGAGACCUGUGGCCCUCUUGGGCACCCGAGGAGCGGCCCCCUGGUACUACAACUCCUUUGUUGACCCAAGUGCGCAAUGGAUCUGGUCACGUGGCGGCGCAUCACAGUCAAUUCCUGGCGCCCCCACAAACCCCGUAACUACUUUUAGCUACAUUUACACGGCUGCAAGUGUGAUGACUGCCUACAUAUAUAUCGCCGCAGACGAUUACGUCUGGAUUUACAUCAACGGCAUGCAGACGGGUACCAGCAGGCUCAUUAGGGGUUGGGAUGGCACUCCUAUUCCGCCAGUGCCAGUGACACUGCAGAAGGGGCCCAACCUCAUUCAAAUGCGGGUCCAGAACCGUGCUGAUCGCACCACUGCCGGUGUCAUCAUGUCGCUUCAAGACUCAAGUGGGCGGGUGCUGGCCCGUUCCAAUGCGUCCUGGGUAUGGUCCGAGAGAGCCAUCCGUGUAGAAGAUACUCCACCGCCAGUGCGGUGCAUGCGAACUCAAUUUAGUGGGGCCGGCAAAUGUACAACAGCCCCCACAGGUCUGAGGUUCUGGGGCUACGGCAGAAUGGUCGUCGUCUACCGUGUUGUGUACAUCUAUGCGGAUGGCACCCGCUCCCCUUCCAGCACCCGGACCAUGUCGCUCACCGAGCGCACUUAUUGCGCACCCUGGGUGUAUGUGGAGUUCUCUUCACCCAUCGCGACACUGUUGGCAAGUGGACCGCCUGGCAAGCCCCGCACUGGCAUUAUGCUUCAGCGGUCAGGCGCCGUCACAUGUGAUGGCUCUCCACCAGCUAACUGGGAUACCAACGCCUUCAUUGACAUCGUCCGCCUUGACAGCACGAAGGAUUACGGAGAUGGUGGCGGCUGCCGGAUAGUCUCCGACAGUGCCGUCCAUUGUCUCGAUUUUAUGCGUGCGGGCUACCCAUCCGCGCCACCUGUGUCUGCAUGGCGCUGGGCAGGCGGCAGCACUGCUCCCACGCCAACUUACUCAUCCCUUGGCAGAUCUGCACCGGCCCUGGUCUUUUAUGGCUCAGGUGGAUUCAACGUGACGUACUCCUUAUCGUACAACUACAGUACUGGAUACCGCAGCGUGCCAUCACCGAACAGGCUGUGGGCUGCACAUGCGAACAGGUCACAGCCCUCCAUCUUCGUGGAAUUCUCUGUGCCGUUGUUGCUGGGCCAGGGUGACAGUGUGGUGCUGCAGCGCUAUGAAGAGGAUUGGGGACUGGUUGAUGUGGACCGUAUAGGGGCCGUGCAAGCCAAUGGCAGCUCCUGGCUGUUGUUCACGGACUCGUUACCACCAUUCUUUGGACCUUAG